UUUUUUAUAUCAUAAAUGUAAAUAUAAAUAGAAUAAGCAAUCAAUCAUAGGGUCAUAUAUUUAUAAUUUUGUUAACUAAUCUUUUUGAUUUAAGAGGCUUACUCAAUAUUGUUUACUUUUGUGAAUCAUUCAUAUAAUCUUCACUAUAAAAAAAAAUAAAAAUUAAAUUAAGUAAUAAAAAACUUUAAUGAAAAUAAAAUUAAAUAAACAAAAUAAAAAAAUAAUUUUUAGAGUUUUGCUCUUUUCAAUUAAUUUUUAAGCUAAAAAAUAUCUCAAUACAAAACAAAUAAAAUAUUUUUACUUAAAAUAGAGCAUCAAAUUUUUGAGGUUAUCACAUUUUCCUAAGGUUGAGCCUAAACUUACUGCUCCUUUAAAGCUGAUUUAAUUGCAACUUAUUAAAUAUUCAACAAAAUAUAAAUUAUUAAAAGCAAAAAUGAAAAACAAUAAAUUGAAUAUAAUAAAAUGGAGAGAAAUAAAUGAAAUAAAAAACCAAUAAAUAGAUAGAAUAUUAUCUAUCAUAUUUUAUUUUUAUAUAUCAAUAAAUAUCAUACUCGAAAACAAAAAAAUAAACUAUUUUUACCCAAGAUAAAGUGUCAAAUACGAUAGAUCAGUCAAGUUUGAUAAACCAAAAGAUAAGCUUAAUAACCCUUCUCCAUAAAUUUUAUUGCCACUUUUUAAAAAUUAAAAAAAAAUCAAUGAGUUUACAUAUGCAAUUGAAAAGUUGUAAAAUUAAUAAUCAAAUUAAUGCUAAAAGCUAAAAAGGUGAGUUUAAUUAAUAAAUAAACACAAUUAAAAUCAUAAAUGAAAUAAAAAUUUAAUAUGCCAAUUAAGUUUUAUAAUUUGAAAUUAAUUAUAAUAUUAAGAAUAACACAAUAGAAAACAAACGAAUAAAUUGCUUUUACUUCAGAUUUAGAGUUAAAUUUUAUAUUUUUUUGCAUUAAGCUAAAGCAUUGCUUAAGCUUUUUGUACCCUAUAAGCCAAUUUAAUUUUUACUUUUUUUUAAAAAUUCAAAAAAAUUAAGUAAGUAAAGAAAUUACAAAAAAAAAAAUGAAAAAGUAAGAAAUUAAAAAUCAAUCAAUAUAUUAUAUUUUAAAAAAGUGAGUUAAAUUAAGAAAUUAAUGCAAAAAAUCAAUAAAUCAAAUAAAAAGCUAAUAAAUAAAUUAAUUUUAAAAUUGGAAAAAUAAACUUAUUUUACUAAAGAGAGAUUGUCAGAUUUGAAAGAUUGUUGCAGAUUGCUAAAGCAGAACCUAAAACUUAUGCACCUUGUUUACUAAUUUGAUUUCUACUGUUUAAAUAUUUCACAUAAUAAAAUAAGUAUAAUUGAAAAAAUAAGUAAAAAAAACAAUUAAUUAAAUUUUAAUUUGAUAAAUAGAGUUUUAAUGAAUGAUUAUAUUAAAAAUUAAAAGGACUAAAUAUAAAUAAACUAUUUUUACUUUAGGUUAAGUGUGAAAUAUGAAAGUUUAUUGUGACUUACUAAAGAAGUAGGUAAGCCUAUUAUACCAUCAUCACCUAUAUUAUUGUCACUUUAAAAAUAUAAAAUUAAUGAUCGAAGUAAAUUAAAAGUUAAAAUUUAAGCUAAAUAAACGAAAAAAUUAAAUAAAAAUAAAUUAAAUCUUUAAUUAAUAAACAAAUAGACUGUUUAGUCUUAAAAUAAUUCUUAUGUUAUAAAAUAUAACCAAAGAAAAACUAACUAUUUUUUACUUGAGAUCAAGUAUCAACUUUGAGAGAUUAUUGAAGUUUGAUAAAGCAGAAAUUAAGCUUGAUACACCC